AUGGAGCCGCUCUGCGCGCUUCUCUGCUCCUUGCUCCUGAGCGCUGCAUGCGCCCUGCCUCACGACGGGAUCCACUGGACAUACACAGAGGGGGCUUUGGACCAGAUGCACUGGCCCACUAAGUACCCCGCCUGUGGCGGUAAAAAACAAUCUCCUAUUGACAUUCAGAGGAGAAGCGUGAAGCACAACCCGGACAUGUUACAGCUGGAGUUGACAGGAUAUGACACUCAAAAAGGCAACUUUCUAAUGUCCAACAAUGGGCACUCAGUUCAAAUUGACUUGCCUCCGUCUAUGGCUAUCACUAAGGGGUUGCCAGGGAAGUACACAGCUGUACAGAUGCACCUGCACUGGGGCGGGUGGGACCUAGAGGCCAGUGGAGCUGAGCAUACCAUUGAUGGCAUCCGCUACAUGGCAGAGCUCCACGUGGUCCAUUACAAUUCCGACAAGUACACGAGCUUCACAGAGGCUCGAGAUAAGAGAGACGGACUUGCAGUGCUGGCCUUUUUCUAUGAAGAUGGGCAUUUUGAAAACACCUAUUACAGUGACUUCAUUAACAACUUGGCCAGGAUUAAAUAUUAUGGUCAGUCCAUGAACAUCUCCAGUAUUGACGUGCGCUCGAUGCUUCCUGAGAACAUGAACCACUUCUUCAGAUACCAGGGGUCCCUCACCACGCCGCCCUGCUACGAGAGCAUCUUGUGGACAGUGUUCGACACCCCCAUCACGCUCUCACACAACCAGAUCCGUAAACUCGAAAGCACAUUGAUGGACAUAGAUAAUAAGACCCUGUGGAAUGACUACAGAAUCGCUCAGCCUCUGAAUGACCGAGUGGUGGAGUCCUCUUUCCUCCCACGUCUUGGAAAAGGAUCCUUUUGUCGGCAAGAUGAAAUUGAAUCCAAACUCCUCAAAAUCGAGGGUUUGAUCACAUCUAUUGGGAGGCAAAUGAAUGCAGGAGGAAUGCGUGGACCCAGACCCUCCAGGCACGAAAAUCGUGGACUCUACCCGCUCGUGUUGGACUUCCAGGAAAAGAGCUACGGCAGUUAUGCGCUGGCUCGACUUUCCCAAGCGAUGGACAUGGACCAGUUCACAGUCUGCAUGCACGUGAGGCCCGCAUUCGACGGCGUUCACACUGUGCUGUCUUACUCCAGCAACGGCCAUGAUAACGAACUGAUGAUUUCCAUUGACAGUGAAGUAGGACUGUGGAUCGGCAACGAGUUUGUCAACCUCCCCCAUAAUUACAGAUCUCAUGACUGGGUUAACUACUGCAUCACAUGGACGUCCAACACAGGAGGUGCGGAGUUGUGGGUGAACGGGAUGGUAGGGGAGCAGCGGUACCUCAAAAUGGGGUACAGCGUCAGUCCAGGAGGGGUUUUCAUUCUGGGCAAAGAUCAGGAUGGGCUGCUUGGGAUCUCCAGCUCAGACGCCUUUGUAGGGAAGAUGACGGAUGUGAAUGUGUGGAACUAUGUGCUGUCCACAGCAGAUAUCAGAGACCAAAUGUCCUGUGGGAGAAACAGUACAAUUGUGGGCAAUGUGUUCAGCUGGGGCACUACUCCUUUGAGCCUUUUCGGAGGCGUGCAGCUAGAUUCUCAAUAUAGAUGUACAUAA